UGAAUGAGUUAACGUGAGUACGUUGAAAUAUUUUUUGCAGGAUUUUGCAAAACUGAUUCAUCAGGUGUGCCCGUGUUUUUUGCGCGAUUUUGGUCCAUUAACUUCCAAAAUUGGGAAAUCCACACGGAACCGCGCUUUUCGAAACGCUUUUUAGGGAAUAGAAAAGAUCACAUUUUUCUACUUUUUGUUUGUGAUAUUUUCACUACUGGACCAUUCAAAUUCGCCUUAAUAUCCCUUUUCCGAAUCUGCAGUUUUAUAUUUUUCCGUCGUUUCGAGACACAGCGGAGGAUCGGAGGUAUUGAAAUCAAUAUGUUACCGAAUAAUCAAUGGCAAAUACCUAUAAACAAUGGAUUAACACAUCAGGAAAAUAUGGCAGCACACGCAGCCGUCAUGAAAUUGAGAGUACACGAUCUUCAGUCGAUUAUCUCGCAAUUGUCACUUCGAAAGCCACGUCCACAAAAAUCGGAGCAUCAGAAGGUCGUCGUUGAAUCCUUGCGUGAUCCUCAUCAUGCUCGGCAAAUUUAUCAAAUGGCUUCCAAUUUCCCGAACGGAAAUUAUGAGAUGCAGAAGCGACCUGCAACAACAUCCCAAGUUCGGUCUCAUCCAUAUGUGCUGCCAUCUCGAUCUGGAGCUAGUAAUCACUUGGUCAAUCAUCAUUAUCAGCAGCAACAACAACAACAACCACAGCCUCACAAUCUACUUCAUCAACAAAUGAUGGCGUCACAUCAUUCACAUCUGCAACAGCAGCACCAUCCGUCGACGCCGAAAAAAAUGUAUGCUGAUAAUUUUGAACCGCUUCCACUUCCAUUCUACGAUGUUAUUUCUGUUUUGCUGAAGCCUGUCGAGCUGCAUUCAUCAGACAGUCCAACUUUGAAGCAAACAAAACAGUUACAAUUCCCGUUCUUAUUGACUGCUGAGCACAUCUCCAAGAUUUCGUAUCGAGCUGAUGUUACACCUCUUCCACGAUAUGAAUUGCAGUUGAGGUUCUUCAAUCUUACUGAACCAGUUCAGGGUCCUCAAAAAGACGACUUUCCACUCAAUUGCUACGCACGUGUUGAUGAUUCUGUCGUUCAAUUGCCGAAUGUAAUCCCAACAAAUAAGACAAAUGCUGAGCCGAAACGACCAUCUCGUCCAGUGAAUAUCACUUCAAACAUGAAUAGAUACAAGAAAGAGCACACAGUUGCAGUCGAAUGGUUAGCCGACAAACGUGUAUGGGCAGCUGGAGUUUAUUUCGUUCAUCGUGUUAACUCGGAUAUUCUCUUUAAACGUCUUAAUCAGAAUGUAUCAAGACAUCGAUCACUUGAGGUUACCAAGCAAGAAGUGAUCAAGAAACUGUCUGGAGGUGAAGAUGAUAUUGCUAUGGAUCGUCUUAAUAUCAGUCUUCUUGAUCCACUGUGCAAGACAAGAAUGACAACGCCUUCUAGAUGCCAAGAUUGUACCCAUUUGCAAUGUUUUGAUCUCCUCUCAUAUUUGAUGAUGAACGAGAAGAAACCAACGUGGCAGUGCCCUGUUUGCUCGAGUAACUGCCCAUAUGAUAGACUUAUUGUUGAUGAUUAUUUCCUCGAUAUGCUUGCAAAGGUGGAUAAGAAUACGACGGAAGUUGAACUUAAGGAAGAUGGCUCGUACGAUGUUAUCAAGGAAGAAGCUUUUUGCAUCUCAGAUGAUGACGACGAUGACGUUGUACCUGCUACUGUUAACGGUACAGCGUCAUGCUCUUCGACAAAUGGCAAUGGACUUGCAAAUGAAGCAGCGAAGAAAAAACCAGCUGACGACGACAUAAUUACCUUGAGUGAUGACGAUGAUGAGGAAUUGAACAGAGGUAUAAUGAACUCUCUGAACGACAGCUUCUCUCCUGGCAGACACACAGCUUCCGCAGAAUUGGCUGCUCAAAAGACACCACCACAGCAGAAAAAGAAGACGAAAGACGAUGACAUAGAGAUUAUUACUCUCGAUGAUACACCACCUCGUCCAGUAGCUGCAAGUGCAAAUCUUCCAAUGCGUCAGAUGUCUCAACAGAAUCAAAUGCCAGUUGGCUCAUCUCCAUCUGGAAUGGCCUCAACGCAAAUGGGAAUGAACGAGGGUGCAAGUAAAACUAUCCGGGAUGCGCUGAACAAAAUAGGAGAACAGUCAGCAAAUUCAUCAACACAAUCAUCUCCGCUUGUUCAACUUCACCAUACGACACAUCCAUUGAAUUUUGCUCAAUCAUCUUAUAUGAAUCCCUCUUCAGGAUCUCAAACACCUACAUCACAAUACGGAUAUUCGCCAAUGAUAAACCAGGCACCACACUUCCAAAUGCAAAACGGGCUCAUAGGGCGAAACAAUCAAAUGGUUCAUAUGCAGCAGCACCAUCUUCAGCAGCAACAACAGCAGCAGCAGUCACCACAAAUCAUGUCUCCGUCUUUUUAUGCUCAACAGCAAAUGUCAAACGGUGACACCAAUAACAUCCAACCACCACGAAUUCUUUCCAUGGCUGAAAUACAAGCAAAUGCAUCUCGACUUUUGGUAAAUGGACACCUGAUGAUCGAUCACUCAGGAGUCACUAUGCGCAAUCCACGUGGCUCACGGAAUUAAUGCAUGAAUUGUAUUUUUUGUGCCGUCUAGUUCAUUUGAUUUAUGUGCAUCUUUUACCCAUAUCCACGAUUUACAAUUUUUAACAGAAUCCUGCUUGUGCUUUAGUCUAGUAAGUUAUAUUUGUCUGCAUUAUACGGCUGAUUCGAUGAACUUUAACUAGAAUUUUGUGACGGUAAUGUUUUUGUUAAAUGAAGCUGAGUAUCCUGU